UGAGCAAACGAUACAUCAGUGCAGUCGUUCAGUGGUGAAGAGGUACACACACGCAGAGAAGCACCGCCGAGUGAAGAGUACAGCAGCAGCAUAAAAUAAUUAUAUCGUCGUCGUCGUGUGCCAAACCAACCGAAACUCUUCGCGUCCAAUCGACCCACAAGCACCCAGCACAAUGAUGAGGAAACUUGCGUUCACGUGUCUGCUCCUGGUGGCCGUUCAAGCCGCGCACAGCCAUCCGACCACCGACGGGGCCGAGGUUCCGCCACCCGCCGCCGAAGAGACCGUCGGUCUGGAAAGGGUGUACAGGGCGAUGCAAGAAUGCGCCGAGUCCAACAUGGCCACGUGCCUGAAAAAGAAGGCUUUGCAGUACGUGGACCGCGCGUUGCGCAAGUCCGACAGCAUCGACGUGUUCGACGGCAUCUCUCUGGUCAAGUCCGAGUCCGUCGAGUCCAGCCGGGGCCUGAACGGCCGAUCGCUAUCCGAAUCCGAACUCGACGAGUCCAUGGUCAAGGACGAGGAUGAGAAGGACACGCAGGUCGAGAACCUCUUGUUGGACCGCGUCGCCCGUUUCUUGGAAAGCCACACCCUUCAACUCAAGGUUCCGGAAUCGUCCAUCUCCAGCAUGAGGAGAUCUCUCGACGAAGCCCGUGGCAAGAAGAAGAAGCAACAAAAGAUGUUGAUGCCCCUGUUGAUGCUGUUGAAAAUGAAGGCUAUCGCACUCGUCCCUCUGGCCAUCGGUGGUCUCGCUCUGUUGGCCUUCAAGGCACUCAUCGUCGGCAAGCUCGCCCUCGUCCUGGCCGUCAUCAUCGGAAUCCAGAAGUUGUUGGCCAACAAGGGUCACCAAUCGUACGAAGUGGUCGCCUCCCACCCUCACUACACCGAGGAACACGGACACCACGGAUACGGACGCUCGCUAGAAAGCGCCCAAGACAUGGCGUACCGCGGCCAACACUAACCGCAAUACCAAUACAUCUCUCUGAAUUUCUCCCCAAACCGUCACGCCCAUCUCCCGUGACUCUUUCGCCAUCCCCGACGAGGUGAUAUUUAUUUGUAAAUAGCUCGAAAAAAAAAACAAACAUUCUCCCGAGAACGCGACGUAAUUUAUUAUA